GCGCUCAGUAGCCUAUAAAAGUCAGAGGUUUUAUUGGAUGCGUAAAGACCUUAUUAAACCUCUGCUUUGCUGGAUUGUGAGCCGACACCGGUCAAGAAGCAACCCACCUGUGCAGCCUGCAUGGAGGAAGCUGGAGGACCACCAUCCCUGCAAACAAGUCAUCCAUAUCCGACAGGAAGGAUUCAGGUCGUCGGGGAUGUCUUCCAGUUCACACUUGAUGUGAGUGAAUUUUCCCCAGAGGACGUUAUCGUCACAUCCUCUAACAACCUCAUAGAGGUUCGUGCUGAGAAGCUGGGAGAAGAUGGCUCCGUCAUAAACACAUUUUCCCACAGAUGCAAACUUCCAUCAGAUAUGGACCCUAUGUCUCUGACUCUGUUGACAGAGGGCAGUGGGCUCCUGACCAUCAGUGCCCAUAAGAUAUGUUAAAAAGGUUGUGAUGUUUUGUCCCUCUGUUUCUUAUUUUAAAGUAAAACAUAGUCGGUG